AUGGAAUGUGGUGGUUUCCUUUUCCCUCUUUGGAUUCGCUAUGAGAGUGAAGUGAGGCUGACGGAACCACUCACUGUUCAGAUGGAACCGGACAACAUUGACUGGGACAACAUCGAUUCUACGUUCGCCCAAGACGAAGCGUACGAGAACUUUGACGCGCCUAUGUGGGUUGAUCUCUCUGCUUUUGAUGACUCUCUCGUUGAUGACGAAGUCUGGUUCUGCACUCGCGAUUGCAAGCAUCUGAAAACCGCUGAAGAUUUUCUUAAACGCAGUUCCAAGGCGAAGCAUUUCAGAUUUGCAUCCAUUUCUGAAAUUCUCCCCUUUAGACACAGACACCGAAGGGGAAAUUCUUCAACUGUGGAAACUACAAAAGCCGAGUAUAGUGGAAGAUCCAGCAGACCAAGCUGUUCUGGAAACUUUUAUGAAGACAGUGAGAACAGAAAUCCAAACUUUACAGCUCCACUUCCCAAUGGUAGUAGGACCAACAAGUUGAAGAGGCCAUUGAUCAAGACAAACAGUGCCAAUCAAAAACCAAAACAGUUGAAUACUGGUCCAGUGGAGAGUCCUUUGAAAAGUCACCGAAAAUCUCAGCUGAAGAGUACUUUCUCUGCACAAAAUUUGAUAGGUGGCAGAGAGAUUCUGAGUCAGAUCAGCGGGUUCUACUCUGAAUUGAAGAGGCUAGCAAGAGGGGGGAAAGGGGCAAGUGAUAAAGGUGGAAGUUCAAGUGGGGUGUCAGUAGAGGUGAAGGAAAGUGGGGUACAAAGGGAAAGGGUACCUCUUGUGGUCAAGGACUCAAGGGAAAGGGUACAACACUCUUAA